UGCUUUGCAACAUUCGUCGUAUCUCUUUGAGUACUCAAAAAUGAAAACCAGCGGAAUGAAGACUAUUGUGCUCGCUGCAUGGUUGCUAGUCAUCGGAGAAGUUUACGCCGUAAACGAUGAAAUAGUACAAAGCUUCAAUGAUCAUUUGACAAAGUGUGAAGAAGAACUAGGAAAAUCGCUAAUUGCACCAAAGGAGCUUAGACCUGAUGUGAUUCAUUGUGCAUUGAAAAAGCACGGAACAAUCGACGAACAGAAUGUGUUCGAUACGAAUAAGAGUUUUACAGCAAAUUGUAAUGGUCUUGUCUCAGAUCGAGCCGCAGAAGUGCAGUGCAAAACAAUUCUUACCAGCUGCAUCAAAAUAGGAUUUCAAUACUCAGAAAGUACCUAUGACACGGCUUUGAAUAUUAUAAAGUGCGCAGUGAUCAAAGGUAUAAUGUCAUUCAUGCUUGGCUACCCAAUAAUUAUGUAAAAAAUGUAAUUAUGAUAUAAUUCUGAUUUAACACAUUUCCUUUGAGCUGCAAAUUUUUUAGUUAAUCUUGAAUCUUGAAUCUUGCGCUACGUGCAAUAAAGGCUUCGAUGAAUUUUUUGUGUCAUAAAUUGAAAUUUGCAAAUUUAGUGAAAAUGUUUUCAUAAUAUUACAAAAAAAAUCAAUUAUGUAAAUUCUGAAAUCUAAAUUCAGUUGUGUAAAUCCAAAAAUGCAAAUUUAACUGUAUAAAUUCAGCUAUAUAA